AUGGAAAAUACAAUUGAAGAUUUAGUUGGAAGCACAUUUUACAAGAAAAAAGGUCACAAUGAUAAGGACAGAGAGAGCCUUUUCAAUGUUGAGGAUUGUGGCACCGAAGAGGUUAAGGCUGCAAGUUUCCUCGGACUAUUAUUCAGCGCUAACUGGUGCCCACCUUGCAAAAAUUUCCUAUCUAUCCUAAAGGAAUUCUACUCUGAAGUCAAUAUCGACAAGAAGAAAUGUGAGAUAUUAUAUGUUCCGACUGACAAGCAUGAAAAUGAUUAUAAGGAGCAUUACGCUCACAUGCCAUGGCUAUCAAUCCCAUUUGGUGAUGUCAGAAUUCAAAAACUUUUACAAAAAUACAAGGUAACUGGCGUUCCCGUGCUUAUCAUCGUGGAUAGUUAGAGUGGUUUCCUUGUGACUGUAAGAGGAAGAAAAGAUAUUCAUGAGUAGGGUAUCAACUGCGUCAAUGACUGGGUGAAGUUGCUUUAACUUAACAGGGAAAAGGAGAUAUAGAGAUUAGAGGAGGAGGCACUCGCAGAAAUUGCAAGAUAGAAAUUGUAAUAACAACAUCUAUUGGAGUAGGCCAACCCAGUUGUAGGAGCUAAUUUAAAUGUUUGA